CCGGGGCCUCAGGACCGCCGGGGCCUGGCCGCUAGCCGGGCGUGCGCCAAGUUCAGCUGCCAACGGCACGGCCAGGCCAGCAUGGUGGACCACUUGCUGCCAGUGGACGAGACCUUCUCGUCACCGAAAUGCCCAGUUGGUUAUCUGGGUGACAGGCUGGCCAGUGGGCGGGCGUACCACAGGCUGCCCUCGCCCCUCUCGGAGGAUGACAGCGACGCCUCCAGCCUCUGCUCCUGUGCCAGCCCAGACUCACAAGCCGUCUGCUCCUGCUACAGUGGUGGGCCGGGUGCUGAGGGCCAGGACAGCAUCUUGGACUUCCUGCUGUCCCAGGCCACACUGGGCAGUGGUGGCAGUGGUGGCAUUGGGGCCACCGGCGGUUCCAUGGCCUGGGGGGCCUGGCGGAGGGCACCGACACCUGUGAAGGGGGAGCAUUUCUGCUUCCCUGAAUUUCCUGUGAGUGACCCUGAUGAUGUCCCAAGGCCCUUCCAGCCCACCCUGGAGGAGAUUGAAGAGUUUCUGGAAGAGAACAUGGAGCUGGGAGUCAAGGAGGCCCCAGAGAGCAACAGCAAGGACGUGGAGGCCUGUGACCAGCUCUCAGCUGGGCCACACAGGAGCCACCUCCAUCCUGGGUCCAGUGGGAGAGAGCGCUGCACCCCGCCUCUGGGCAGUGCCAGUGUGGGCGGCAGCCAGAGCCCGGGUGCGGGGCCUGCAUCUGAUGGCCCUAUCCCCGUGCUGCUACAGAUCCAGCCUGUGCAGGUGAAGCAGGAGUCAGGCACGGAGCCCACCUCCCCUGGGCAGGCCCCGGAAAGCGUCAAGGUGGCCCAGCUCCUGGUCAAUAUCCAGGGUCAAACCUUCGCACUUGUGCCCCAGGUGGUGCCCUCCUCCAAUGUGAACCUGUCAUCCAAGUUCGUGCGAAUCGCCCCUGUGCCCAUUGCUGCCAAGCCCAUUGGGUCGGGACCCCUGGGCCCUGGCCCCACCGGCCUACUCAUGGGCCAGAAGUUCCCCAAGAAUCCGGCAGCAGAACUCAUCAAAAUGCACAAAUGUACUUUCCCCGGCUGCAGCAAGAUGUACACCAAAAGCAGCCACCUCAAGGCCCACUUGCGCCGGCACACAGGCGAGAAGCCCUUUGCCUGCACCUGGCCGGGCUGCGGCUGGAGGUUCUCCCGCUCCGAUGAGCUGUCGCGGCACCGGCGCUCGCACUCGGGGGUGAAGCCCUACCAGUGUCCUGUGUGCGAGAAGAAGUUCGCACGGAGCGACCACCUCUCCAAGCACAUCAAGGUGCACCGCUUUCCUCGGAGCAGCCGCUCAGUGCGCGCGGUGAACUGA